AUGGAACUGGCUGAGCUCUUGAAGUCCGAAGGCCUCUCUGACGAGCUUGCCGAUCUGGCAGUGGCAACGGGGUGGAAGUCAUCCACUUUCAAGCAUGCUGUCAGCAAAUUGGCGGAUUUAGAUUCUGUGUUGGGCGAAAUCUUUCCAGAGAAAGCUCUGACAGUUCUUCAGAAGGCCACUAUUCGAUCGGUUUGGAGUAAACUGCAGGAGUCAGAACCCUCGGGUUCUACAGCCUCUGCAUCGCCUCCUGUGCCAGAGUCUCGGGAAGGAUCAUGGGUGGAAUCUUUUGCCCCAAAGAUAUCAGCAUCUUCAAUUUCUGAAAUGAAACGGAAGUAUCUGGUAAACUAUCCGUCGGAGAUCAUCAACUACUCCACUCAGCCCUCAACCAGAUUGCUGAGCUUAGCAUCGCACCAGCAGAACAAGAAGGAUUGGCGAUGGAUCCCCUGGAAAUAUCGAAUGACGGAAGAGCGAGCUUCUGAGAUAAUGAUGUCCCGGCCCAACAAGCAACCUCGGCUUGAGGCUAUCGGGCUCUCGGGGAUGUUAUUGGACGAACCUCCAGCUCUGGAAAUCCAAGAUCAUUCCAUGGGUGUGAAUGCUAUUCAGAAGCUUAUGAAUGUGCAUGACGUGGCAUUGGCAAUGGACUUCGGCCACCAUCAGUCUUUUGAAGCACAACAGGCGGAUUGCCGCUUGUGGCAGGGCAUGAUCACCCUGGUCACCGACAAAGGAUGGACGAUGGAUGAUGUCCUCUACGAGUUCACCGAGGUGCGGGGCGAGAUGGCCAGCCUGCUUCAAGCUCGAGCGCGUCCUCCUCCCGUCCCCAAAGGCUGGGAAGGCAAGGGCAAAGCUGUCAAGGGCUUGGGUAAGAUGCUCGUGGAGUCCUAUGCCAAAGGCUACGCAUCGCAGGCGUCUGUCAAAGGCAAAGGGAAGGACAAAGGCAAGCACAAGGAGGCUAAAGGCGGCUCCAAUAUCAACUUUGUGAAGUCGAUCAUGGUGGGGUCUGAGUCCAAACCAUUGUGUGUGAAUUGGCAAUUGAGCCGUUGCAAUCGUGGAAACGCGUGCCCAUUCGUGCACGCUUGUGCCUUCCCGAAAUCCAAUGGGCAAGCUUGUGGAAGCAAGGCGCAUACGGCGCUGCAGCACGAGAGUACUCCCCACUGA